CCGAGCGCGCCUCUGAGGGACGGCGCCCGGCGGGAGGGAGCGGGGAGGUGGCCCCCAGCCCCGCGGAGGCGGCGGGAGUGAUGGGACCGGCCCCGCCACCUGCCUGACGGCUCCCGGAGAAGCCGCCGCCGCGGGGAGCUGACCAGCAUUCAGAAUGGCAGGCUUGUCCACUUUAAUCCUUCUUUUGUGUGCUGCUAAAGAUGUGGUGCCCUCCAGUUCUCACUGGAAGCCAACUUGGCCAUCUUACAGAGUUCCAGUUAUCCUGCCACAGUCUACCCUUAACUUGGACAAACCACAGUUUGAUGCUGAAGCCAGACUGGAAGUGGUGUCUCCCUGUGGUCCAGCAUGCCACAAAAGUUCUCCACUGCCAACUUAUGAAGAAGUGAAGAACUACUUGUCCUAUGAAACCUUGUAUGCUAAUGGUAGCCUCACUGAAACUGAAGUGGGCAUAUAUAUUCUGAGCAGCAGUGGUGGUGGGUCUCAAGGCAAAUCUCGAACUAAGAGGCAGAUCUAUGGCUAUGACAGCAGGUUUAGCAUUUUUGGGAAAGACUUCUUGUUGAAUUACCCAUUCUCCACAUCGGUGAAGCUAUCUACAGGUUGCACAGGGACGCUAGUGGCUGAAAAACAUGUUCUUACUGCUGCUCAUUGCAUCCACGAUGGCAAGAGUUAUGUCAAAGGAGCUCAGAAACUGCGGGUGGGGUUCCUAAAGCCCAAACUGAAGGAUGGCAGCAAAGGGGCCAAUAUCACUAACUCAGCAAUGCCUGAGAAAAUGAAAUUCCAGUGGAUCCGAGUGAAACGGACACACGUCCCCAAGGGAUGGAUCAAGGGCAAUGCCAAUGACAUUGGUAUGGAUUAUGACUACGCCCUGCUGGAGUUGAAGAAGCCUCAUAAAAGAAAGUUUAUGAAGAUAGGUGUGAGCCCACCAGCAAGGCACUUGCCUGGAGGGAGGAUUCACUUCUCUGGCUAUGACAACGACCGUCCAGGAAACCUGGUUUACCGUUUCUGUGAUGUCAAAGAUGAAACAUAUGACCUCUUGUACCAGCAGUGCGAUGCCCAGCCGGGCGCGAGUGGAUCUGGGGUGUAUGUGAGGAUGUGGAAGAGGCAGGAUAACAAAUGGGAGCGUAAAAUUAUUGGAAUAUUUUCAGGCCAUCAGUGGGUGGACAUGAAUGGCACCCCACAGGAUUUCAAUGUAGCUGUACGCAUCACACCCCUCAAAUAUGCACAGAUCUGUUACUGGAUCAAGGGCAACUACCUUGACUGCAGGGAAGGAUAAAGACAAUGCAACUCCUUGAAAGCACUUAAUGACUGCAUUUAAUUACUCAUCUGGGGAAAGGGGAGAUUUCUGCUGCAAAUGUGUGUGAUACAAUCUUGUAACAACGGGAUAUGAUCUAUAGCUGUUCAGGCAAGCCACCUUGUUCUUGGGACAGGGGCUGUAGGGUGCUGUCAUUGCAGCUCAAAACUGGGGAGAAAGGAACGUCUGCUGGGUGGGGAAGGAGCAGGUGGACUUGCUGAAUUUGCAGCUGAGCAACUGAAGAAUAAUUAGGGGCGGAUCAGUAAACAGUAUGAAAUCAGAACUGUCUCCAGAGAAUCUUGUAAAAGGGACACUGUUGACUAUAUCAUGCCUACAAUGUUUGUUUUAAUAAAUCCUAGGAUUAGUAGAAAUGCUUUGAUCUGAACUUUUAAAAGAAAAUAUUUCUAUGCUGGUGGGAUCUGAAGAGGGGCAUUUGAUGGUGUUUGCAACCCAAACAUUGCAGCUUUGUGUUCCUGCAUGAGAAAGGGAGUGUGAAAAGGGCAAGGCAUGUGCUGUGGGAGAUGACUGCCACACAAAUUGCAUGGAGGGUAAAUAACUGCAUAACACUUCUAACCUUCUUUUGGCCUGAGUGAUUUCAGACUUUAUCAGUAACAUAGUUAAGAAAAAAGCUUUUUGAGUAAACAGACCUUGAUGUUGCAAGGACCUGUCUGUGAAGAUGUUGGUCAUAUGAGCAAUGCCAUUGCAUCCUGCUGUGGGAAACACAAAUCACACAUGGGCUUAAAUCUUUAUAGCAGCUGGGGCAUUGCUUUACACCUGGAAGGAUCCCUAUGAACAUGCUAUUACAAAAAUCAUAUGGGGGCAGAGAUUUCUUUUCUUUAGAACUUCUUAAUAAAAUCUUGUGUCAGCAACUCGGAUUUUCAGAAUGCAAAUCUGUCUUUAGUCUUUCUGGCCGUCUGAAUUGCUGCCUGCAGAGCAGGACAAGGGUUUUACUGAGCUCCCUCCAUCUCACUGAAGAUUCGUGCUAAAAAUACCCUAGGUGGAGGGACCCUGGAUUUAUAAGUGUCUCUCUGUCAUAUCCCUUUGACAGUUUAAUUUGUAUGGCACCUUGACUUCCAUUUCUUCUGUUGUUUGGGUCAGGAAUCCUCAUCCUCAUCAAAUUGUUGAGUUACAAAUGAUUGCUGGCAAAUGCACAUUGAAGCUGGAAUAGAGCCACAUUAUAGGAUGUAAUCUGAAUUUGCUAUGACAUGAUUCUCUGCUGUCUCUUACAGAUAAUGGUGACUUACUUUUUUACCAGAGCAGAAUUGAAUAUUAAAACAAGAACUGUCUUUCAUAGGUAAAAUCAGUGCAGCCAAAUACUUGUAGCUCAGCAAACAGCAUUGGGAAGUCAAUGUGGUUUGUACAAUGUUUCUCAGGUGGAUUUUGCCACUGUAUUGCAGUAAUGUGGUUAAGUACGUGCUGACAUGCCAAUGUUAUUCUUUUAAAUAGGAUGACAGACACUGACUCCAGUUCCAGUUUCUCUUCCAUCCACCUCUCCCUGUCUCCUGAGCCUCACGAAGUUGCCCAUGGCUCUUGUUGUUGUAGGGCAAAUGCCAGUCCCUGGUGUGAAAUGGCAAAGCUGGGAAGGAUUGAAUUUAAGCAGAGCUUCCCUUUGCUAUACAAGGAAAACAUUAAUUCAGCUAUGACUUUCUUACACUCUACUAAUUACUAUGGCAUUUGUAAACAUAUGCCUGAUGGUGCUUUAUAUUUGUGAUGGCUUUAGCUCUAGUUUGGAAAAACAUUUUUUGCUAGAGCUGCCUAUGAUUAUUAUUUUUAUAGGUGCAGUAUACAAAAACGUGGACCCUCAUGGGCUUUUGGUGCACUCAGAUACAAACAGUUACUAAUGCUUUGAAAUAUGAAUAAUCACCAUAUGUAUCUGAUGGUCUUUUUCUGCCUUUUUAUUUUAAUUUCCUUUACUUUAUGGCUGUUAUCUGGAGCACUUUUGUUUGAAUGUAUCACAGUGAAUAAAGAAAAGUUAUGGAAUUUCAA